CACCAUCAUCUUUCAAGCAAACACACUCUCUUCAUCCAAGAUUUCAAGAAUGGUCGCUACCAACUCUGUCCUCCCUAUUGCUACUCAGGCCAGCACCCACGCCCUUGCUCAGGCAAUCGAUACCACGACCGAGUCGACAUUCAAGUUCCUCUACUUUGGUCUCCACGGCCGUGGCGAAUUGAUCCGCAACCUGCUCGCCUAUGGUGGCGCCAAGUUUGAGGAGCUGUCCCUGGACUGGCCCGCCAUGAAGAAGGAUACUCCCUUCGGUGUCCUCCCUGUCCUAUACGAGACCACAUCCGACGGCACUGUCCUCGAGCUCUCCGAGUCCCAGGCGAUUGAGCGCCACCUCGCCCGCAAGUUCGAUCUCCUCGGCUCCAACUCCUGGGAGAAUCAUCUCGUCGACCGGUACUACACCUCCAUGGAGACCCUCAGCGUCAACUUCUUCAAGGUCCUCUUUGCACCUCUCGAGAAGCGUAACUACGAGGCCGAGGCGUUCUACCGUGAUCAUUUGCCGCGGUGGAUUGCGGCCCAUGAGGCCCAUUUGGCGAAGAAUGGGACGAAUGGCCAUUAUGUAGAGAGUCAGUUCACGUUGGCGGAUUUGAAGACGGCGUUGAUGGUGGAUAGGAUCCUGUUGAUGGUGCCCAAGGGAUUGGAGGAGCGCGUGAGGGGGUUGAUCUCGGAGGAGAGGACGCCGGGAUUGUGGAAGGUUAAGGAGACGGUGAACGCGCACCCGAGGAUUGCGGAGUGGAAGAAGAGUGAGCGGCAUGCGCAGAUCGAUGCUGGUACCAAAGGGUUCUUCAAGUUUUGA